AUGACCUGCGUUUGCCAAUUAUGCAACGCCUACAAAUGGGCCAGAGAGCCUGCAGGUAUGUGCUGCUCCUCCGGCAAAGUUCGACUGCUACCUCUGCAUGAACCAUCUACCCCGUUGAGGAGACUAAUAGCCGGCUCCCAUCCCGACUCCAAGCACUUCCUUAAAACAAUUAGACAAUACAACAACUUCUUUCAAAUGACCUCAUUUGGGGCUCAGGUGGUUCGAGAAGAGGGUUGGAUGCUCAGUUUCAAAAUACAGGGGCAGGUAUACCACCGCAUUGGGUCUCUGCUACCUGAGGAGACCUCUACCCCUAAAUUCCUUCAACUGUACUUUAUUGCAGACUACAACCUACAGGCCGAAAUCCAGAUUGGUAUUUUACCGCUGUCGGGAAGAGUUUCUCGCAGGGACGUCAUACUACUACUACUACAGGCCAUGCUUCACGGGGUUAACAGCUACAUUCGCAGUUUCAAAUAUGCCUUGGAAAAUGCUCCCUUUCCUUCCUUCAGCAUUGUAAUUGACGCUGACAAACGGCCUCAUGAUGAACACGAACGCCGCUACAAUGCUCCUGCGUGCAACAAAGUGGCCGCUAUUAUACAUGGGGAGCAAGACAGCGAUACUGUCCACAAAUCAAGAGACGGCGCUCUUCACAGGAUUUCAGAGACCCAUCGAUCAUAUGACACAUUGCAGUACCCUUUACAUUUCCCUUAUAGUGACGAUGGCUACCAUUUUGGCAUUCCUCUUCAUACUCCGGGUGGCCAACCUACAACGUCUUCCAAAGCCUUAUCGUGCAAGGCCUUCUACUCAUAUCGUUUCAUGGUUAGGGAUGGAGACUUGAACCUGCUUCAUAGAUGCAGGGAGCUUUUCCACUAG